AUUUAUUCUUUCGUGUUUUCAUUCAGAAGCCUUUUGUUUGGGUUCAAAAGUGGUUACCUAGCAACCUCUAAAACAAACACGAUAGCAGACAGCUAACGAGCUAAUUGUUUUACGCUCAGAGAUGUGUAUGGUUCUGGGAAUGGAUCGUUUACUUAGUGAGAAGGAAGAGCGGGAUACGCUUACCUGGAUAGAUAAAAUACCUUUCUCCAGGCCAAAAAAAAACAUCAGCAGGGACUUCAGUGAUGGAGUGAUGGUUGCGGAGAUUGUUAAGCAUUAUUUCCCAAGGAUUGUUGACAUUCACAACUAUAUUACUUCCUGCAAUACGCAGCAGAAACUCAGCAACUGGAACCUUCUCAACAAGAGGGUGUUUUCCAAGCUGGACUUUUAUGUCUCAGAGGACAUGGUGGAGAAGAUUGUUUCAAGCACUCCUAGUGUGAUACUGCCAGUGCUGUUUUUCCUCAAGGAGAAGUUAGAGAAGAAACUGGCACAAGCAACAAGGACACAGCAUUACUCUCGGAGACAGGAGAAUCUGUUUUCAGAUGUAGAAAUUCAAAGGGCCGAAGCAGGAAUUAUGGCUCAACUGGCAGAGAUGAAGAUUACUGAGCCAACACAGAAACCGCAGCAACAGAUGUUUUUCCCAGAGAUGAGCCUUUUAACUUUGCGGCAAGUCAUACUGGAAAAAGAACUUCAGAUUGAGGAACUUCAGGAUAUUCUGAAGAUCCUUCAGGUGAAAGUGAGCAAGUUGGAGGAGCUCGUUCAAUUGAAGGACAAGCGCAUUGAACAUCUGACAAGUCUUCCAGAGGUGUACAAAACUAAACUAUUGCUACCUGGUUAAAAAGGAACUCCCAGUCACUAAAUUUUAUUUUUUCUGGAAUAUAUACUAAAGAUACUGAAGAUGAGGGAGUAUCAAUACGUUAUUAAUUUGUUUUAAAAUGUAAUUAAUAAAGAACAACUGCAUGACCAUCCUUUGUUUUAUUCUAUAUUAUUUUAAACACCUUUGGCUCUAAAUUUUGAUAAACUAUAUUUUGAAAAUAUACAAGUUAAUAGAUAUAUGCAAAAAUCAUUUGCCCUAAUAUAAAUUUCUUUAUUUUCAUUCCUUUUCUUCCCAUUACCAUUUAAAAAAACAUUCAGUAUGAGACAACCACAACCUUAGGAAAUCCAAAAUGAAGUUUCCAAAUAAUUAUGUAAUUUCUUAAAGAAAAAAAUAUCCAAAUAAUCUGACUAGUUGUCCUAAAAUUAAAAUACAAAAACGUUUUAUGUAAUUGGCAAUUAGUCAUAUUAUGUUGCUGCAGUCCCAUUAAUUCUGCAUUAUUGGGAGCUUUGGACAUGAAAGCUCAAUUCAAGGUCAGUUAGAAUAACUAUUUUCUCUGAAAGGUCCAAUUUCCAAAAGGUCUUGCCACAGCAUCUCCACCAGAUUUAAGUCUGAACUUUGACUAGGCAACUUCAAAUCCUACAUUUUGAUUUUGUCUGAAUGUUUUUGUGCCAUUCAAACUAAGACUUUCUGAUCAGCUUUGGACCAUUGUGCAUACCACUGAUUUGCUUAAGCUAAAGGUCACAAACUGAUGGCUGGACAUUCUCCCUCAAGAUUUUCUGAUUGAAAGUAUCAUCUGUUCUUUUUCAUGGAAAUGUAGAUGUCUUUUGAGAAACUGAGUCAGGCCUUCCUGUUCUUCUUGGUCAGCAGUGGUUUUGGCCUUGGGAAUCUCCCAUAAAAGCCAUUUUUUCAGUUUUUAUCUUAUCGUUAAAUUAGCACACAGUUGAAAUUCAGGUGUAGCAAUUUAUAACAGAAAUAUUGUGCAGUUAUUAGAAAAAGGCAAAUCAGACUCACAAUCUAAGGGAUGUGCAACUGAGUCGGAUCACUUUUUCAAAACUGUACAUUUUUAUGCAUGUUCAACAAUGCAAUUAAAAAAAUAUCUUCAUAUUA